UCAGCUGUAUUCGCGCUCCUUUUCCGUCUGGCUGCCCGAAUCUUCCAGAACACGUUCAACGUCGGUACAAGGUGGGGUUUCGGCACACGAUUCGGGGUGGGAAACAGGGAAGCCGUCAUGGACACGACGCCUUUACUUAAGCAAGACCACUCUAGCGCCUAUCAACCCCAUCGCGACAUGAACCACCUCUUCACCCCACAUGCACCACCAGCCUUAUCAAAUCUUCAUAACCCGCCGCUUCCGCUUGCACCCAACGUCGGUUUCAGACACUCGGCCCUCGCGUCCCUGCAGUUGAGCACCUUAGCCCUCGAGUCUUCCCUGGCUUAUAUGCAAAUUUCAGAACCAGGCGAUAAUUCACUCAACAGGAGGAUGUCUAGUACCGAGAGGCAGUCGCUACAUGCCAUACUUUCGCCCAUGCGCGAGGACUUGCAAAAGCUCAAAAUAUUGACGCCCGAAAGUCUGCCACCCUACAGCCCACGCGUCCGAGCUAAGAGCCACGCUCAGAUCCUAAAGCAUAAGCUUUUACCAAUUGGUCAAUUCAUUGUCACCUAUCUCGAUCAUGUACCGGAACAUGGUCGAGGGGCCCUGGAGCUGCAGUUAUGUCGGCUCAUCGCUACGGAAUACUGGCCAUUGCCUGUCGACGACUUCACUCAUUUGAAGAUCCAGGAAAUGUAUCGAAAUGCCCUCUUC